AUGAGUGCGCCGGUGAAUUGGCACAAAUGCCUAGUGUUGUCGCUGCUGGGAUUGGCUUUGUCCGCUCGGACAAUUGGUUGCGAUUAUAGUUCCAUCACCGAGAAAUUUGGAGCGGAAGCUGUGGCGCGAUGCAACGAAAAAUGCCCGUUUCAGGUUGUUAAUUAUUUUCACACCUAUGACACACAUAUCUCCUGCAUGGAGCAUGGGGGUUCAUUUCUUAUUUCAUGUAUUGCCUCGCCGGGGUUCGAUGCCUUUAACUAUUGUGCUAUGGUUACAAAAAGUACUCUACAGGCAUUAAAUGGAGGGAAAAUUACGAAUUGA